AUGCCCGUGGAGAAUCCUCGAUUACGACUUCGAAGAGCAGCGCGGGAGGGGAAUUUGCACGUACUCAAACAACUCUCCUGUAAGAUUGAUAUACGAAAUCCAGACCCCGAGAAUGGAUGGACAACCUUGAUGUAUGCUGCAUGUCACGGGCAUAACCGUAUUGUAGAAUACUUGAUUCAGCAUGGUCAUGAAGACAUAGAAUUAUCGCGAGACUUUGAUAAUAAUACGAUUCUUAUGAUAGCUGCACAGUAUAAUCACAUUGAGAUCAUGAAGAUUUACAUAACACAUUUCCCAUACAGUUUAACUAUGGUAAACAAGAAGGGAAUGACAGCGUUGAUAUAUGCAUGCAAAUUUGGUCAUUUGGACUCUAUUAAUUUUUUAUUAGAAUGUGGGUCGGACAUAAACCAAACCGACGCGGACGGAAACACCACACUCCAUUAUGCAGCAGCUUGGGAACGAUAUAAGGCAGUGGCGAUGUUGAUCGAACGUGGAUGCCAAUUUGCUGUUAAGAAUAAUGCAGGAUGGACGGCGCUAGAUUAUUCUUAUUCGAUGGAACUCAAGGCUCACUUACAAGAAUGUGCGCGAGCUCAUCACGAAGAAAAGAAGAAAAAUAAAAAGCGGAACCUCAAGAUUACUGUCGAUUCGCUAAUUUCUAUUGAUUCGGUGCCAUUAAUAUCCUCUACGCGUUCGGCAACAUUCCCACCAGGAAAACCAAGUAAUGAGUGUGAGAAUGACGAAUUUCUGAGUAGUAACACAUUUCCGAAUAAUUCUCUGUCUCCAA